GAAUGCUCCCACGGAGUGCAGGAGUCAGGUGGUUGGAUUCCCAGUCCUGUGCUGAGCUGGCAGGGCACAGAGCCUCCUCCAGCACCGCUGCCUCCUCUCCAGGCUUCCUGCACUUCCUUUGCUGACAGGGUCCCAUCAGCCAGGCUGGGGGCAGGCUCAGCUGAUGUUACAAAGUGCAAAGAUUUUUACAAGGAUUUCUUCAAAUCCCAAGGAAAUGUUGUCUUGAGCUAAGAGGCUUUGGGUCUUUUGAUUCUGGAACAAUGUAUCCAGGAUUUUACCCUGUCUGUUUCAAUGCAGCAAUAAUGUCUGCAGAACUUGGGAAGGUCCAAGCCGCAGAGAGACAAAAUACUCCUCUCCACCUGUUUCUUUUCUUUCUAGAUAUCACCUAGAAAAAACUCAUCCCCUCUAAUGCCGCCCUUUCCUGUUGUCAUAACACCUUUUAUAAAUGGAGGGUGUGAUGCUCUACCACCAAACCCAAAAUGUUUUCCCUACUGGUUUUGUUCCACACAGCCCCCUUGGGUAGGUACCCCUAAAAGUUCCCUGUCUCCCUCACCCAAACCCCACAUCUCCUCAUGAGGGGAGGCAAGACCCUGGGCCCAUCAUCUCUGUCAGGUGUCCACACAGAUGCACAAAUGCAAGCCAAGAGCCACAGCCCCAGGCUGAUUGCCUGUUUCUUAGGUAUGAAGUUUCCCCAAGAUACUUAAAGCACUUGACUGUAACUCUGCUCACCCCCACACCCCUUUCCAGUGCUGUAUCACAUGUAUCUGUCCACGCUUCUGCCCCUGAGGAUCACAAAACAAAAGUCCCUGCCUCAUGCAAGACUGGUGCUGCUGUCACCAAGCCACAGCUUUGUGGCUGGGCCUUGAGCCAAUAAGAACACUCACAGAAGCAGUUCUCCAGCAGGAAGCAGGGCAGCUGCUCCUCUGGCUGUCGGGCUCCUCCUCUGGAGUGGUGGAGAUGGCAGCGAACUUCACCUGCAGCUUCACUGCACUUUGCUGUUUGGCACUCUGGAGCUUCACCAGGACUUCAGGUACACUUGUUACACCACCCCACUCAACCAUAAGACCUGGCUUCCCUGUCCCAGUGAACACCAACAACCCCGAGGUCCGCAAGGCCGCUCGCUUUGGGGUCUACAGGUACAACAACAGCUCCAAUGACCUCUUCCUGUUUAAGGAAUCACAGAUAAAGAAAGCCAUGGUACAGAUAGUCAGAGGGCUGAAGUACAUGCUUCACGUGGAAAUCAAGCACACCGUGUAUGAGAAGAGGGAUCACCCCAGCCUGGACAGCUGUCACUUCCAGAGGGAAAAAAACCUGCAACAGAUGCUGAGAUGCUACUUUGAGGUCUGGAUAACACCCUGGACACACAAAGUGCAUAUCCCUGUUGCCCAAUGUCACCAAGCCCUUUCCCCAUGAGAGCCUGACUUACAGAGGGCCUCCCACCAUUAGAUUUUCCUUGCCUGGACUGCCUAGGUCAAUACUGAAGUGGGGAACAGCUGUACAGAACUGCACAGAGCUUUUUUCUCAAACCACAUGGUUGUUUUCUUCCUUGAGAAAGAAACUCAAAAGACAAGGCCUGCCUUGACUGAAUGUCUUGCUAUGCAGUUGUGUAUCUGUUUUUCCAAAACUAAACUGCACAUGAACAUGUGUUGUCAUUCAUUUGCCAUCCAUCCUCUGGCUGAAUUUCCAAGCACUCCCAGGAAGCUCUGUUGCACUUGUUUUGUGAUGAAGUUUCACAAAGCCAUGAUGGAAACAAGUCUAAACCACAGCACAUGUGAAUACAACACCUAGCAAAGCUUGACAACAGUGGGGUGGUUUGCCUGGGUGUACACACACACACAAGUUUUAAGAUUUUCCAGUGCCAGGGAAAUGGUCAGACACACGUGCCAGGAAGGCAAGAGGGAGAGCUGUUCUUUUUUUUUUUUUUUUUUAAGACAGAGGUAUGGAUAAGGAUUUCUUGAAACACGGACAUCCCAGAAAUUACACAGUCCAACAAGUGCUUCCACUUUAAUCAAAAGCUAAGCUACACUAUGAAAGGGCAUCACUGCAAAUGCCAAGGCUAAUAAAUCUAAUCAUAUUGCCAAAUAAUAAUUCUGAGGUUAAACAGCAUAGUUCCAUUCAGGUUAAUAUACAACAUUUAAUCUCUGGCAGACCACAGCGUAUAUUCAGGUUCAGUACAAUGAUUUUCUUCUCUAGAUGGGCAUCUAGCAUUCCUUCAAGUCUUCACUCUUCUUCCACGGGCUAAUUAUUACUUACAGUGGACUAAGGUCCCUAUUAGGAAGGAUUUGGGUAGCUGCUCACUUAAAACAGCCAUAAAGUCUGAGCCUAUGACCAGUCAUACACAGACCAGCACUUCUAAAUGGACAGGGCCCUGAUCUAAGCCACAAACACUUUUUUUUAAAUACAAAUACUCCUUUUUUCUUGAAAGUUGUUGCCUUUUUGCAGCAAUGUUGUAACUCCUAUUAGCAGUAACACUCCCACUUUCAGCCCUUUUAACAACCAUUCAGUCAAGAAAGGCCAGUGAAUGGCCUGGUUCCAAGGCAAGGUCUGGGGAUCUUAAAACAGAUUGUAUUAAUAGUACAGCUGAAUAUCUGCUCCAAGUAACCCCAAAGCUGGGCAAGUCCCAAGUCCCAAGUUCUGCUUCAGAAACACCACUUGUGAUGAACAGGUGGAUCAGCAGCAGCACAAAUUCAGCAUCCAGUGCUGGAGGGGCAGCUAUGCUGAAUCUUAUCUUUGGGAACAGCAGUGUCUUGGCUGGGAAAAACAAAACAAAACAAAAAAAAAAAACCCCAAAAAACCAAACAAACAAAAAAACCACCAAAAAACCCCCCAAAAAAACAAAAAACCAAAAAACAACAACAACAACAACAAAAAAAAACCCCACAAAACAAAACAAAAAACCCAACAACAACAACAAAAAAACCCAAACAAACAAAAAAAACCCAAACAAAAACAAAAAAAAACCCACCCAAAACCACCACCAACAACAAAAAAACAGUUCUCUAAAGAAAGCUCCAGAAGGGCUACAAUGUAGGAGGAUGUAACGUGAUGCUACAUUCAGCCACCACUAACAGCCUGGUGCCAAAGACAAGGAGAAAGAAAGUCAGCGUUGGUGGCUUGGGCUGCCCACAAAGCAGGAAAGCCAAGCCACAACUAAGUUUGUAGGAGAGCAAGAGAAGCCCAGGAAG